AGCUCUCAGUGUUUGUCUUCGCGAAUUGGGGCUUUUGUUAGGGUUUCUAUCGGUGCUCUCUAUCUCUAUACCUUCGCCGCCGCCGUCGUCGUCGCCAUGGCCACGCAAAGCGAGGAGGAGCUGCUCGCUCAGCAUCUCGAGCAGCAAAAGAUCGAUCAUGAUGAGCCUGUAGUUGAAGAGGACGAAGAUGAUGAUGAUGAUGAUGAAGAUGAUGACAAGGAUGAGGAUGAAGCUGAAGGACAAGUAGGUGAUGAGAGCGGGAGAUCAAAGCAGAGCAGAAGUGAGAAGAAGAGCCGCAAGGCUAUGCUGAAGCUUGGAAUGAAACCCAUCACUGGCGUUAGUAGAGUGACUGUGAAGAAGAGCAAAAGCAUAUUAUUUGUCAUCUCAAAGCCGGAUAUUUACAAGAGUCCGAACUCAGACACUUAUGUUAUUUUUGGAGAAGCAAAGAUUGAGGAUCUAAGCUCUCAGCUGCAGACCCAGGCUGCUGAACAAUUCAAGGCUCCUGAUUUGAGCCACGUGAUUUCCAAGCCCGAGUCUUCGACCAUGGUGCAGGAUGAUGAAGAUGUCGAUGAGACCGGGGUUGAGCAGAAGGAUAUUGAGUUGGUAAUGACGCAGGCCGGGGUUUCCAGGCCCAAGGCUGUCAAGGCACUUAAGGCUGCAGAUGGGGAUAUUGUCUCUGCUAUCAUGGAGCUGACAAACUAAGGUGCACUAUUUGCAUUGCUCUGUUGCAUUGAGGUUUUCUCUGUUCAUUUUCUCUUGGUAUUUCCUGUUGUAUUACUAGCAAUGUUCUCCAUGUUUUAUUUGUGUGAUGUUAUGUUAUUUGUGGGGAGAGUUUUCUUUUUGAUGUUCUUGCAA